UGGUAAUCUUGGUGUUGUAGUAUCGUAGUAGGACGAGUGCCAUAAUCCUCCUCGGUAUUUACUGUAAGUACGACGUUGGAUGGAUUUGGAGAGCAGGUAUACGUUGGAGAAUGUGCUUGACUGGAGUUACGGAGGAGUGGACCCGGCGAUACCGGGAAAUGGCGGACCUUCGUGUGCAAAUUUCCUUUCCAUGCACCGCCGCCUUUUUGAAACCUUCCUUGGGUCUGCCAUACCACUUGUCUAUUUCUUCUGGGGUUAUUCAUACAUCACGUAUCCUACAUCAUACAAGUUUGUGAGAAAGGAUCGAGGAGGCAAGAGAGCAUUGCUAGUCUUGGUGUCAAUGGUGUUUGGGAUGGAGAUAGGGUUCAAGUUAGCCACCAAACAGCUCAUAUACCUGUUGAAUCCGUGCCAUGUAACAACAGCAAUUCAGAUAUACCUUCUGGCCGCACCUCCGAGCAAGUGGGUCACUACAGUGUUUCGGGUUCAUCUUAACUUUCUGAAUGGGGCUGUGCUUGCUAUAAUCUUCCCAGUAACCAACUCCAGGCUUCUUCCGUUUGAGGUGGAGCUUUACUGGGUGCAACAUAUAAUGAUGCUUGUCACACCGUACUACCUUCUGCGGCUUGGUGGUGUGUACACCGUGGAGAACCCCAGAGACAUGAGUUGGACCAUUAUGUCUUUAGGCAUCCUUCUUAUUUAUCAUUUCCUGCCUCUCCAGAUUAUUGGUGUGGCUUCUCAGGUGAACUUAAACAACAUGCUGUGCCCCGCCAUAAGUGAUCCUUUCUAUGGCCCAAAUUACCGGAUUGCAGCCAUGUUCCACCAGUCACUGUGUGUACCUCUGGUCAGCAAGACCUUCUGUGUUGUUGCAAACUUUUUUAUCACCAAAUUUCCUCCCACAAAGGUGAAGGAUAAUCUUGAAACUGACGUGACCAUGAGUGCAUACGAUCAACGGGUCAUGAGCCAAGAAGCAUCAAGCAAACAGGGUGAGAGUUCAAACAACCAGAAUGGUCUGAAACACCACACUAGCAUACACAGAAGGACCCGCAGUGAAGCUGUAUCCACAAUUUCACAGUGGAAUGGUCACAGUCAUCAAGAAUAGAUUGUUCUGAGUUUCUCUCCAGAGUUUGAUGCUUUUAAAUAUAUAGGUGAUGGUGGUGGUAGAUGCUGGUAAUACCAUCCUCACUGUGUAUGAUAAAGAAGUUGGUAAUGAUUAGCAAUGUCUAGAUUUACAAUAUGAGUCAAAGAGGCGAUGAUAACGACAACCAUUGGUUUUGUCAUAAUCAGUAUGUAUGAUUGAGAAAUAUUUAUGAAAUGCCUCACUUUAUAUUAUCAGUCAAAGAAGUGAUAAUGGUGACACCCAUCAAUCUCCAUGGUUGAAAAUUUGAUAAUGAAUUGAAAUCUUUAGACUUACAGUACAGUUUCAAUUAGAUUUUCUUUUAAUUGGGGUAAGUUACAGUAUAAGUUGUAAGAUUAUGUCACACCUUUGCUGAGUGACAACAAAAUAUAAUUACAUUGGGGUGCUUGGACAGUCUAGUUGCUCACAUAAUCUGACUGGCGUUAGAUUAGGUAACUUAAGUGAAUUUUUUUAAUUUGUGCUCGAGUGAUUUAACUUGUACAUAAUGAACAUUUAUUUAAUUUUUUGUUGUAGAAUAAGACUCACAUUUUAUU